AUGAGAUCAAGAUCUGACGAGUGAAUUGAUUUUCUAAAAGGCUAACACAACACUUACUAUGUAUUUGUUACUUUUAAACAGUUUGUUGAUUUUGUUAUUUAGCUUCAAUGAGAGCAACGGACGUGCACUAGAUUCUUCUAAGCUACAAAAGCGUAUUUUCAAUGGUGAGGAUGCAGAACUUUUCGAAAUUCCUUAUGUACUAGCAAUUUUAUUUAGAAAAGAAGAUGGAUGGUAUUCAUUCUGUACAGGAGUUUUGGUAACUCAAAAUAAGGUUCUUACUGCAGCACAUUGCGUGAAACACUAUGCCACCAGCGAUGUUCGUGUUUUUAUUGGAGUUGUACACAUUUUUGGACCACCCAGUGGGUAUGAACAAAUCAUCUCUGUCUCCAACAUCGUCGUACACGAUGGAGAUAUGGGUUCACAUCCUGGUCUUCCUCUACGCGAUUUAGCCGUGUUAACGCUGAGUACUCCAGCUAUACUUAAUCGGAAUGUCCAGGUUGUCAAACUCUCAGCUAAUAGCGCUAGCUAUUUCAAUACAAAAUGCACCAUAACUGGCUGGGGUAUUACCAAGGAAAGUACUGAUGGAACUCCAAACACUCUCCAAAAAGCAGAAACAACAAUCCUCUCUAGAAUGGAGUGCGAGACCUAUUGGCCAAAGUUUAAAAAGAAAUUUAAUGAAGGAACUUUUGUUUGCGUAUUUGACAAAUAUGUAUGUGUGAUGGCGACAGUGGCGGCCCUCUGCUGUGUGGACCAAAUAGAGAUGUGCUAGUUGGAAUAGCUGUUUCUGCACAAAGGUAUUGCCAAGGUACUUUGCCUCAAAUUUACAUGGAUGUUUCAGUGUUCCGUGACUGGCUGGCAGAUAAAUUAUAAUAUUCUGAAGACUGCCUUUUAUGAAUUUCCAGAAUGAAAGGCCUGAUACACAAUAGUAAUUUAUCUUCUAAAAA